AGGUGAGUUUGUUUGCCAUGGAAUAAUAAUGGAGCAGUUGGUGGAUUGUUUCUGUUCUUCCGUGUGUUUGUUGUGACGAAGCUGCUGUUGCGUUUAAACUGAGUCUCAGUAUUACGACGAGUAAAAGCUCACCACUUCGGGAACACAACUGCACCUGCCGAACCACAGAGACACAACACGAUGGCCGGCGUGCUGUGCCGCAGCGCACGGCUGGUCACGUACCUCCCUGGUUUGCAUGUCCUGGUGAGUCGAGUGACUGGAGCCAGAGCCUUCUCUGCUGCAGGAUCGUCAGGCUCUGAUGAACCCCACGUAGCCGUCAAUCCACCUGACAUAGGACUGCGGACAGUGUGGCCUGAUGAGAACAUGGGGCCUUUUGGGCCCCAGGACCAACGUUUCCAGCUACCUGGUAUUGUGGGUUUUGACCACCACCUCGAGGGACUAAGAAAGCAGAAGCAGAGCCUGCCCCACAACAUGCUCCCUGACGUGCUGUCUUCCCUGUCCAGUAGUGAAAGACAUGAGUUCAUACUGGCCCAGGUCAUCGGAGAUUUUGAAAUAGACCCAGACUCUUCCCAGAGUGUCAGCAGAGCUGAACAGUACUUUGAUGAAUCCAGAGUGGAGUGUGCCAUCCAGUCCUGUCCUGAGCUGCUACAGAAAGACUUCCAGUCCAUGUUUCCCGAGGCUCCUUCCUCUGGGAUGAUGGUGGUCACAGUGACCCAGAGGACCAAGAGCGACAUGACAGCAUGGAGUGCUGAGGUGGAAGACGAGAGAGAGAAGAUGCUUAGCAAGUUUAUUGAAGGAGCCCAGGAGAUCUGCUGCGCUCUGCAGAGAGAAGGAUUCUGGGCAGACUUCGUCGACCCGUCCUCAGGCCUGGCGUUCUUUGGCUCGUACACCAACAACACACUGUUCGAGACAGAUGACCGGUAUCGUCACCUGGGCUUCCAGAUCGAGGACCUGGGCUGCUGCAGGGUGAUCAGACACUCUUUGUGGGGAACGCAUGUUUUCGUGGGGACAAUAUUCACAGAUGCACCACCCAGCAGCCCCGUCAUGAAGAAGCUGCAGGGCAGCUGAGCAGGAACUCGGUGACAUUUGGUGAUUGUAUUCAAUAUUAACGUAAUUCUUCAAGAACAUCAGUAACUGACUCCUCAGUGUUUCUACCUACAUGCCAUGUAUGUAUAAAGGCUGGCUCAUAUAGAUUUGUAUUUAUAGAUUCAGAUGUGAUAAGUAAAUGCUGCUGUAAUCACAAUAAA